CGCUGACCAAGGGUAGAUGGAGCAUAUUUUCAGGCAUAGAUUGCUUUCGUUUCUUCCUUGAUCUGUAUAAAUACGGUUUACAAUACACUCUCUCUCACAAAGCAGCCAUGGUUAUCUCCUACAUUAUUGAAAUGCCACGAGUUCCUCAAAAUCCUCUGCUUAAAUUCAUUAUUGUCAUUGUAGCCUUCAUUACCCUCUCCAACAAGCCAUAUCUAUGCCUCUGCAGAUGCCCUGAUUAUGAAUCUGAAGCUCUUCUUCGAUUCAAAUCUUCCUCGAAUGACUCUUCUGGGAGUUCGAAUUCAUGGGUGAAUGGAACUGAUUGUUGCAUGUGGGAUGGAAUAGACUGCAAUGAGGAAAUGAACCAUGUAACAAGGGUCGGUACCACUUAUUCUCCCCUUUCCAUCCAAGCAGGCAUCAUAUCUGAUAGUUUGUGCAACCUCCAUUUUCUCACAAACCUGGAGUUGAGCGGCGAUGGUUUAACAGGUACUCUUCCUCCCUGCUUAGGAAAACUUUCUUAUCUUCGGUUUCUGAUUUUAGUAGGCCAUAGGUUGAGUGGGGAAAUUCCUUCCACAUUUUGUGGUCUCACCAACCUUACAUAUCUUGAUCUUGGCGGAAACCAACUCAAUGGAAGCCUCCCAUCUUGUCUCGGAAAUCUUUAUUCUCUAACCGAUCUAUCGCUGGACGGGAAUAAACUAAGCGGAAGCAUACCAUUUUCUGUAGGCAGUCUCUCUUCUCUCCAAAAUCUGUUUAUUUCCCACAAUUUACUAAGUGGUCUAAUACCCCUUUCUAUAGGCAAUCUUUCUUCCCUCACUUACUUGGAUCUGUCCUUCAACCACCUAACUGGAACUUUACCAUCCUCAUUCGCUCAGCUCUACUCACUUGGAACCCUAAUAGCUGAUGGAAAUCCAUUCAGUGGGAAUAUUCUUUCCUCGGUAUUUCCAUCUUCUAUUAGCACUCUGUCCCUUACCCUAAACCAGACAAUUUCAGAGACUUUUUUCCAUAAUCUUACUGGAUUAGAUGCUUUGUAUCUUUCCAAUUGUGUACUAAAUAUAAGCACAACCUGGAUUCCUGAAUUCCAGCUAAUAAUCUUAAGUUUGAAAUCCUGCAUUGUCGGUGGCCAAAUUCCGGGUUGGAUUUCAACUCAAUUUUUACUUAAGGAGUUGGUAUUGGCAGAUAACGAUCUUUACGGAGAAAUUCCCUCUUGGCUAUUUAGUCCGCCCAUGAAUUUCCUAACUCUGUCAGGAAAUCAUCUGCAAGGCAAACUCUUUGCAUGUAACUCAGUUUAUUUGAAGCUCAUAGAUCUAUCCAGGAAUGAACUGAGUGGGCCCAUGCCAUCAGUGUGGCCUCCUUAUCUAGGACAACUAAGGCUUAAUGACAAUAGGUUCAGUGGCAAUAUACCUUCAAGCUUGGGAAGUCUGUCUUCACUUUCAUUGUUAAAUUUGGCGAACAACAAAUUAAAUGGAACAAUCCCUCCCAGUUUGGGCAAUAGUGGUUAUUUUCUGCGAGUAUUGAAGUUGGGAAGUAAUAGCUUGCAAGGAAUGAUACCCCAAGAGUUUAGCAAGCUAAGACUUUUCUCCUUGGUCAUUAAGAAUAAUAAGCUAAAUGGAUUGUUUCCCAGUUCAAUUCUAAAUUUUUCAGCAAUAAGGGUUCUUGAUAUUGGAAAUAAUUCAUUUGAAGGCCAGAUUCCAAAGACAAUUGGGAAUCUUUCAGAGUUACAAGUUUUGGUAAUGAAGGGGAACCUUUUUAGUGGUGGCAUUCCUCCCCAGAUUGGGCAACUGAAGCAGCUCCAGAUCUUAGACCUUUCUUCCAACAAUUUAUCAGGCUUUAUCCCAUCUAGCAUUGUAUCUUUGCAAGCAAUGUCUGUAGCAACAGAAGAUGGAAAUAUCUUGCAGGAGGAAAAUGCAUUUGUUGGUCACUUUGGCAGGGGUUCCUAUCAAGAUGAUUUGGUUAUGCAUCCCAAAGGUACAGAGCUGUACUAUCCAUAUAUCCUUUCCACACUCACAGGCAUAGAUCUCUCCAACAACCAAUUGAAUGGAGAUGUUCCUCUUGAUUUUGGAAAGUUGAAGGGGCUGAGAUUUCUGAAUCUAUCCAUGAACAAUCUAAAAGGAACUAUUCCACAUAGUUUGGGCAAUAUGAGUCAACUUGAAUCGUUCGACCUUUCUUCAAACAAGAUUUCAGGCAAUAUUCCUUCAGAGCUUCAAUCUCUGAGCUCUUUGGCGUAUUUAAAUUUGUCGAACAACAAUCUAUCUGGAAAUAUACCGCAAGGAGGACAGAUGAUCCUAUUUGAAAAUACAUCAUAUUCUGGAAAUCAAUAUUUGCAGGGAUGCCCACUUCCAAAGAAUUGCCCUUGGCCGAAAUUUGCACCUCCUCGUCCUCUAAGUGCUGCUGAAAAUAAAGAUGAAGAGGAGAGCGAGCAGAUUCCGUGGUAUCAACUUGGAGUAGGAUGGUCAUGUGGAGCAGGUUUUCUGAUUGUUGUAGUGUUAUUGCUUUUAGUCAGAGAGAGGUGGAGAAAUAAGUACUUCAAGGGGGUUGAUGAUAUUUUGAAAUUCCUAUUUCCUUUCCUGCGUAACAGGAGAUUAUGAAUUCUUAUUUCUUCACCAUAAUUAAGCGGAAACUGUGCUUUAAAAUAAAACAUUUGAUUGUUGAGCUUAUUCUGCAAGUUGACUAUAUUUGAUGUAGUUUUUAAAUCUGUAAGACAUAAAAAUCAAGUGAGAGGACAUUUUUUAUUCUACAUGAUUUGUUUGUGAAUACAUGAUAAUCUUUUGCAUCUAUAUAGAUGAACAUAAUUAAACAGAGUUCAUGGUAGCAGAUGCGAAAAUAGAAACAUGAGAUGAU